AUGAGUACGAGUGAAACGCACAUGUUGCUUGGCUCGCGGCGAGACACACUCGCCGCUGCCUUCGGGCCUGGUCUCUCUCGCAAGAAGAAGAGCCUCUCCCUCACGGACUACGGGUGUUUUCAAUCCAUUUCUGAGAUCAAUCCCCUUAGCGUCGGUGUGCGUCGCCGGCGCUACAGCGCUCGCGAACCGCCCCGCAGCGCGCGAUUCGCAUCCCGUAAUAAACAAAUCUGCAACACCGACAACGUUGCAGAAGACGAACUGGAGGAUGCGUCAGACGGGAAAGGGACGAGCAAGCGACUCGAGGCAGACGAAGCGUUGAAGCUCGAGACAGUCGUAGGCCUCGAGGCUCACGUCCAGCUCCUCACCGCGACGAAGCUCUUCUGCGCAUGUCCUUCUCAAGUCGCGCUCACCGCCGCGGCCGCGAAACUCGCGCCCGACCUCGCGGCGCGUGUGACGCGAUUCGUCGCGUCUCACCUCGCCGCAGACGCAGCUGACGGCUGCGCCUCAGCCCGCGCGUCUCCGUCGCCUUCUCUCUCUUCGCCGCCUCCAGGCGACUUUCCUUCGUCACUGCUCGCUCACGUGUCUUCUCCGCCGUCCGUGUCCUCAGCUUCUGCGUCGUCUUCUUCUUCGUCCGCAUCUCAGCCACUUUCUCUGUGGCCAAACACCUUCGUUUGCCCCGUAUGCCUGGGCGAACCGGGAAGUCUUCCCACGCCGAGUCGCGCCGCCGUCGUGGCGGCGUGCAAAGCGGCCCUCCUGCUGCAGUGCACAGACAUCCCGGAGACCCUGGAGUUCGAUCGCAAAUGCUACAUCUAUCCGGACUUGAGCAAGAAUUACCAAAUCAGCCAGAUUCGAUGGCCCAUUGGACGCAACGGCCACAUCGUCUUGCCGAGCUCUGGAAAGCACAUUCGCAUUCGAGGCGUCCACUUGGAAGAAGACACCGCAAAGAUGCUCACGGCGACGCGAGCGGCGAGCGCCUCAGACGCGCAGAGGCGGGGCGAAGGCCGCCGCCUGAGCUGCCGCGCGAGUUUGCCGGUGGAUGCCUUGCAAGGAGAGCGCGACAACGUCGACGAGGGACUUGGAAGCGAAGUAGAUGGCGACGAGGACGCGUUUCUUGACAUGAAUCGCGCGAGUCUUCCCCUUGUGGAAAUCGUCACGGAGCCGGACUUUCGCGGGGCCGACGAGGCCGUCGAGUUCCUCCGCGAACUUCGUCUUUUGUUUCGCUCGGCAGGCAUCGCGACGUGUGUCAUGUCCGAAGGAGCCUUGCGCUGCGAUCUGAAUGUCUCUCUGCGCGACACGCACACAAAGAAAGACUUCCCCCGAACCGAAGUGAAGAACGUGGGAUCUCUGCGCGCCGUUCGCAAGGCGAUUCAGUUCGAAGCGUUGCGGCAGACAGCUCUUCUCGAAUCCGCCUCGACGGGAGGAAGGUCCCAGACUGGCAGCGAGUUUCCCGCAAGCGUUGAGCGGCGAUGCGCCUCGUCGCGUGAGGAAGAUGCCGACGAGGGACAGUCAGCGCACGGCCUCGAGGCGCAGACGCGCAUGUGGGACGACCGCCACCAACAAACGCGGAAGAUGCGGAAAAAGUUCCUGUCAGAGGAAUACUUUCCUGUGCGGGAGAACCUCAUUCCGCCCGUGGCCCUGCCGCGAGCCCUUCUCGACGAGCUAAGAGCGGGUCUGACGGAGACGCCCGCGUCGAGGCUCACGCGGUACGUGUCGCUGGGUGUGCCCCCCUACAGCGCACGAACGCUUAUUAGAGAUCCGGAGGUGGCGGCCUAUUUCGAGGAGGCGGUCGCGGGCGGCGCUCCAGCCCCCGCCGCGGCUGCGUGGCUGCUGAACGAAGUCGCGGGCUGGCGAAGGCGACGUAGGUCAGAGGCGAGCCGGGCGCGGACAGAACGCGGUCGCAGCGCGCGAGACUCCAGCGGCGCCGCGGGGCGACCUAAUGCAGGCGAGGCGGAUCCACGCCGCGCGAGCGAGGCAGCAGCGGAGGCGGCGGAGGCCGACGGAGAGGACAGGACGGACACUCCUGCAGCUCCGCGCACGGGGGCGGCGCUUCUGCCCCUGACGCAGCUCAAGCUCACGCCCCGCAAAUUCGCAGAGAUGCUGCGUCUGGUCGAGCAAGGCGUCCUCACGCACAACGUUGCGAAGCAGCUUCUCCCGACUCUCCUGUUCUCCUGGGACGGCAGCGUUCAAGAGCUUCUCGAAGCGAUUGAAGGCGACAGAGAGGCUCCAGAGGCACCCGCUGCAGAAUCGACCGCGCAGGAAGUGGAGCGGCAAGCCCGCGAAAUUCUCCAAGCGUCUCCCGAGCUCCUUCAACGCUUCGAGAACGGCACGCGUAACAUGGCUGACUUCGUGGUAGGCAAGAUUUUGAAACAGCAGCAAGCGGCCGCGGGUCGCGACGUCGCGGCGCGGAGUGGAGACCGCCCAGAAGAGAUUAAAGCGACGGUACUCGAGCUCAUGGACGCUCUCAGCGCUCGAGGCAGAACCUAG